AUCAAGGAACUCGCAGUUCAUUGAGGUACACAACCUCCGCACGCUCUUUAUGUUCUCAAAGAACUUCGUCAAGAUAUCGGAGGAAAAUACCAGAGUUUGGUUAUUCAUCCAGAUUCGAUAUAGUUAUAGAGAAGUAUUGAGAAAAUGGAUGACUAUCUGAAGAUAGAGAAAAUUGGUGAAGGUACAUAUGGUGUGGUAUAUAAGGGCAGGAAUAAAACCACUGGACAGGUGGUUGCUAUGAAGAAGAUCCGCCUGGAGAGUGAGGAGGAGGGGGUUCCCAGCACCGCUGUCAGAGAGAUCUCCCUCCUCAAGGAGCUCCAGCACCCCAACGUUGUACGCCUGCUGGAUGUGUUGAUGCAGGAGUCAAAAUUAUACCUGGUGUUUGAAUUUCUGUCCAUGGAUCUGAAGAAGUACUUGGACUCCAUCCCAUCAGGCCAGUUCAUGGAUCCCAUGCUGGUCAAGAGUUACCUUUAUCAGAUCCUUGAGGGGAUUCUGUUCUGCCACUGUCGCAGGGUUCUGCAUCGUGACCUAAAGCCCCAGAACCUGCUGAUUGAUAAUAAAGGUGUGAUUAAGCUGGCAGACUUUGGGCUGGCACGUGCCUUUGGAGUCCCGGUCAGAGUGUACACACAUGAGGUGGUCACUCUGUGGUACAGAGCUCCAGAAGUCUUGCUGGGGGCCUCUCGUUAUUCCACGCCCGUAGAUGUCUGGAGUAUUGGUACCAUCUUUGCUGAACUUGCUACCAAGAAACCACUCUUCCAUGGAGACUCAGAAAUAGACCAGCUCUUCAGGAUCUUCAGGUAUACAGACUUCUGGAACAACUUUGAUAUUGUUACUAGGGAUGUUCAUUUUAACCGGUUAACCGGCCGUAAUAAUUUUUGA